AAAAUAUGUUUUAUAAAUUUUCAUUAUUAAUUAUUUCAUCUUUAAUUUAUUCAAGUAAUUCACAACAAUGUUCAGGCAAACCUAACUAUAAUUGCAAAUAUGUUUGUAAUGGAAUUGACUUUUUGGUUGAAGGAUUGGAGAAUAGUGAUUAUGGAUUGAGUUUAAAAACUUCUGAUUAUCAGAGAAGCCGUCCUGCUAAUGGAUUUAUCAAAUGCAAUCCAAAUUCAACAAAACCAACAUUGGUAGAUGUAUUUUAUGACAGCCAAGCAAAACCUGGAAUUUAUGAACCUGAAGCAAUUCGGGUUCUUUGUGGUAAAAGUGGAGGAAUGAAGAAUUUCUGUGUUUGUAAUGAAGAUGGUAAUUGUUUUGUACCUGUAAAGAAUAAUGUUCCUGUAUAUGCUGAAUUGGCACCUUAUUGUGAUCAGUAUGCGGGUCCUCACGUUUACUUGGAACUUUACAGAGGGGCCCUUUCUUUGGAGAAUAACCCUAACAUAUUGUACACACCUAAACCUAGCCAAGUAUUUGGAUGUGGCACAGAUUAUAUGAAAAUAGGAGCAGUCAGCUGUAAUGGAUGUGCAGUAAUUAAGAAAGCAUUGUGUAAGAAGGAUUGUAAAGGAUAUUUUGUACCAAAUAAAUUGGAUGUACAAGAUAUUAAAGGAAUUUUGAAUAAUUAA